AUGAAGACGCCCGACCGGGAGCCCCUCCCCCGGCGUCGCUCUUCCACUCUACACUACCACACCUUCGACACACCCCCACCAAAAUCCCGCGGCCGGCCAAACUCCGGACAGUCCAUCUCGUCUGGCGAGGAACCGCGGCAACAUCAGCAUGACUCUCCCGACGAAUCGGUGUCGCAGUCACCUUUGCCUAAAAAGCAGAUGAUGGUGCUCGCGAUGAUCGCAUUGUGCGAGCAGACGUCCUUCAACUCGAUCAGCCCUUACCUUCCGGACAUGGCGUCUUCGUUCCCUGAGGUGAAGCCCGGUAUGGUUGGCGUAUACGUUGGCAUGAUUGGGACGGCAUUUGCGGUAGCACAGCUGGUGACCAAUUACUUUUGGGGCUGGCUGUCUGACCGGAUUGGGCGGAAACCUGUUAUUUUGCUGGGCACGGUGCUGACCGCGGUGUGUUUUGUCGCAUUCGGUUUCUGUACUACCCUGUACCAGGCUGUCGCGGUGCAGGCCUUGAUGGGUGUCGUCAAUGGAAAUCAGGGCCUGGUGUCUACCUGCCUUGGUGAGAUUACUGACAAGAGCAAUCAGUCGAAAGCUUUCACCUACCUACCUGUGCUCUAUGGCGUCGGCGGCAUCACCGGCCCUCUUCUUGGUGGUCUGUUAGUGAUACGACGAAAUCCGUUCAACAAAAGCGAGCCGAACCCAUAUCCGUAUCUUGCGCCGAACUUGCUAUCCGCUGCACUUCUACUCAUUGACUUUGCUAUAUCUCUGUUCUUCCUUGAAGAGAGCCUAGAGGAUGCCGAAACACUGCCCAAGUUUGGCAGAAAGAUUCGGGACCUAUUCGCCUGGCUUUGGCAGAUUACCAGCAAUGCACCUCGGCCGCGGAGCGUGCGACCUGGAGACCAUCUCCCCUACCGCUUGAUUCGAGAACAUUCGGAAGACGGCGAGCAUGACAGCGAUCUGGAUUCGGCUUCAGAAGUAUCGGAUGUACCCCAUGGCCACGAAUCCUUGACACGAAAUGAAUUGCUCAACCGAGAUACGAUCCUACUGCUCCUCACAUAUCUCAUCUUUGCACUGUGCAAUAUCGCAUUCAACGCUCUGUUCCCAAUAUUCUCCCAAGCGGCACCACCUAUCGGACGUGGUCUUACGCCGUCCGAAAUCGGCCUUGCACAAGGUUUCUCCGGCGUCGUAACCAUCAUAUUUCAGAUCUGCAUCUUUGGCCAGCUGAGAAAUAAGAUGGGAAACCGAUGGUCCUACCGAGCCGGCCUAUUCGGCUUCGUCAUUGCCUUCAUCCUCAUGCCCUUUAUCGGGUACAAGGGCAACGACGCCAAAAAGAGCGGCGUAACCGGAAAAACAGCCCUUAUGGCCGUGGAGUUGUGUGCCGCCCUGCUGGUCAAGACAGUCGCUGCAGUCGGUGGACUCACCAGCGCGCUUCUCUUAAUCACAAACUCCGCUCCUGACCACGCUGUUCUCGGCGCCCUCAACGGCCUCGCCCAAACCCUCUCCGCCGCCGGCCGCGCAGUCGGUCCCUUUCUCUCCGGGAGCCUCUUCUCCCUUGCAGCCCGUAUUCAGCCAAAAGGCGAGGCAAUUCCGUUCGGUGUCUUUGCCGCUGUCUCGCUUAUCGGCUUCUUCCUCAGCUUCGGUAUUCAAGGCCGCUCCCUGGAAGCUGAAGGAUGGGAGAGUGAUGAGAGUGCGAAGUCUGAUGAUGAGGAGUCUUGA